AUGCAGGCCGUGACGGCCUUGCUCCGCCAUUACCCUCUGGCGCAGGCCGCGGCGAACCCGUCAGAGUCAUGGAUGUCUACGCUGUCCGCCGACUGGGACGCCAAUGACGGGGUCCGGAGGCUUGCCGCUCUGGUCCGCCUCGCCUCGCAGAUAGCCGCGGAGGCUCGCGCGGGCACCCCGAGGCCGCGGAAGAGCCCCGUUUCGGCGAGCAGGGCCCGCCGCGCCCCCGCGUCGGCGGCAGAGGGGGUCACGGAGCGCAUCGGCGGCACGGAGGUCAACGAACGCGAUGGGCAGACGAGCGCCAACGACAGCGAGAGCUUCGAGAGCCUCGACGCGGACGCCCGCAGCGGUGCCUCGGCCGACGCGGCGCCGCAGGCCAUGGGGCCUCCGCCCGGAUGGUGGACCGCGCGCGCGGCGCUCGGCAUUUUCGGCGGCCGCCGGCUCGACUCGAAGCCGAAGAUCAAACCACGAGGUCAGCAGGCCGCGGGCGACGCGCCGCCGCCGGGUCCCUCCGCGGUGGCGGUGCGAGGCCUGCUAGGCCCCGUGGCGGACUGCUUCCGCAGGGCCGCGGCCCUGGACCCGUGGGGCGAGGCGGUGGACCUCUCCAGGGGGCCGUUUCUGCAGGGCAUCGAGGCGUACGCGGCAGUGCUCGACCGCGUCGGCGGGAACAUGGGCUCCUACCUGCUGAACAACACCAGGAAGCUGAGGACACGAGUGUCGGCGCAGAGCGGGCAGUUGUGGCAGGGGAGCGGACGGCGGCAGGCCCGCGUCGGGCCGACCGGGCAGUGGCCCCGCCGGGGGCGUUCGGCCUCUGGCACGCCGCCGACGGCCCAGGAUCGGCCGAGGUGGCAGGGUGCGGCGAUCGAAGGGCCCCCGAUCGCUCAGGGUUGGAGGACACGCAUGGCCAGAAGCCGCCACAGACCGCCGAGACGAGCGUGCCCCCGACGCGGGGCCGCCGCCGCCGCCGCUCCAGCGAGCCGCGGGCACGGCCGCCGCAACGCCCUGCGCCUGGAGUCGAGGGGUCAUCGCCGGCAAAUCCACGCUCCGUUGCGAAGGUUUGUAUGCUAGUGCAACGCUUGUGUUUUCCCUGUUAUCUGUCCCAGCCGUAGGUUCUCUUGGCCCUUCGUCUUUGCUUUGGUUCAGGGGCACCGUUGGCAAUUCCCGAGUCGAAGCCAUCCGCCCCCCGACUGCGGACCCUUGCGGCAGAUCUUGCAGAGAUUUGCGAGGAUCGUCACCUUCGCGGCAUCGCUCGCUGGAAGCGCAGCCGCGGCCCACCGAACGAGCGGGGACACGUAGUCCGUCGUCGUCGUCGUCGUCGUCGUCGUCGUCGUCGUCGUCGUCGUCGUCGUCGUC